CUACACAUCUCACGAUUUUCCAGCAAAGCACAACAACCCCUUCCCCCCAUAUACCCCUCUCUUUCUUCCUCAUUUCCCCUUAAACACCAUAAAAUGUCGUCACCAGCCCAGCGUCGCUCCCAGCGAAGCACCGCCUCCGCAACCCCCCGCGGAAGCGCCCGCACAACAGCAAGAAAUUCACAAAUCCCUUCUAGCAGUCCUGCCCCCGGUGGGCCGGACGAGCAGCUCUUUUCCGAGGCGUCGCAGGCCGAGCAGAGGAGCUCGCAGGCUACGCCGAGCAAUAGUCGACUUCAAGCUGCUGGCGCUCCGACACAGUCGCCGCUGUUCUUCUCGCCGGCGAAUGCGUCGGGUUCAGGAGGCGGGAAUGGAGUGGGCACGGAUGGGAAUAGGACGCCUAGGGCGAGUGGGUUGGGCAUGGGAGAAUCCUCCCCCAUCCGCUACGAAUCCAGUUCCCCCGGCCGCGCAGCUCGCACCCCGACCAACAACAUCCCCGGCAGCAGCAGCAGCGCGCUCUUUGUGCGCGGCCCCAGCGACAUCGCGGCCCGCAACCGCCGCAGCGACAUCCACUCGGACGUCUUCACCCCGAGCACCGCAACCCGGCGCCGGAGACUCUUCGUCGACGAGAACGGCGUGGCUGUCCACGAUGCCUCGGACGCGGCCACGUUUUCGAACCUCAAUCCCGAUACUUCGGAUGCGGAUGCCCUGGGCGGGAAUUCCUCGACGGUGAUUUGGGGCACGAAUGUCGCGCUGGCGGAUACGUUGAGCGCCAUGAAGGAUUUCCUGUUGAAUUUUCAGAGAAAGUAUCGUAUGAUUCAAGACGGGGAGCUGGAUGAGGGAUUGAAUCUUCCGCCGGGGCAUCCCGGGCUGGCGAGGGAGUAUGUGGAUAUGAUGAAGACAAUGCUGGAACUCGGCGUCACGCCCUUGAACGUGGACGCGAGGAAUUUGAAGGCCUACCCGGGGACAAGGAAACUAUGGCAUCAGCUGCAGGCAUUUCCGAGCGAGAUCAUUCCGCUCAUGGAUGUGGCCAUUAAAGAUGUCAUGAUUGAGUUGGCGGAGAAGCGCAUGGCGGAACUGAGGUUGCAGCAUUCGCAGGCUCAGCGUGGUGCGCAGGGGAGGGAUAGCUCGUUGCCUCCGGCUCUGAGUUCGGACGCUCCUACGCCUGGGGCACCGAGUCCUGCUGCUGUGCCCGACUUCCCGGAUUUGGUAAAAGAGGUGGAUCAGAAGACGUAUAGGGUCAGGCCGUUUGGGCUGGAUAAGACUGUCAAUCUGCGGGAUCUGAAUCCGGGGGAUAUGGAUAAGUUGGUGAGCAUCAAGGGCUUGGUUAUCAGGACGACGCCUAUUAUUCCGGAUAUGAAAGAUGCCUUCUUCAAGUGCUCAGUCUGCAACCACACCGUCAAAGUCGACAUCGACCGCGGCAAGAUCACCGAACCCGUCCGCUGCCCCCGUGCCGUCUGCGAAUCCGCCAAUUCCAUGCAAAUCGUGCACAACCGCUCUGGUUUCGCGGACAAGCAAGUCAUCAAGCUACAGGAGACUCCGGACAGCAUCCCUGACGGCCAAACUCCGCACUCCGUUUCCAUCUGCGCCUACGACGAAUUGGUCGAUGUCUGCAAAGCCGGCGACCGUGUCGAAAUCACCGGAAUCUUCAAAUGCAACCAAGUCCGCGUCAACCCGCGCCAACGCACCGUCAAGAACAUCUUCAAAACCUACGUCGAUGCCCUGCACAUCCAGAAGGUCGACAAGAAGCGCAUGGGCAUCGACCCCUCCACCAUCGAGGAAGAACUUGCCGCCCACGCCGCCGGCGACAUUGAAGAAACCCGCAAAGUCAGCGAGGAGGAGGAGGCCAAGAUCAAGGCCACGGCCGCGCGGCCGGAUCUCUACGACUUGCUGUCUCGUUCCCUGGCGCCGAGUAUCUACGAAAUGGACGACGUGAAGAAGGGAAUCCUCCUCCAACUCUUCGGCGGCACCAACAAGACGUUUGAAAAGGGCGGAUCCCCCCGCUACAGAGGCGACAUCAAUGUGCUCCUCUGCGGUGACCCAUCGACGUCCAAGUCGCAGCUCCUGCAAUAUGUCCACCGCAUCGCUCCGCGCGGCGUCUACACGUCUGGCAAGGGCUCCUCAGCAGUCGGUCUCACAGCCUACGUAACGCGCGACCCGGAAACCCGCCAACUGGUGCUCGAAUCUGGCGCCCUCGUCCUCUCCGACGGCGGCGUCUGCUGCAUAGACGAAUUCGACAAGAUGAGCGAAGCGACGCGCUCGGUGCUGCACGAAGUCAUGGAACAGCAGACCGUCUCCAUUGCCAAAGCGGGCAUCAUCACGACGCUCAACGCGCGCACCUCGAUCCUCGCCUCGGCCAACCCCAUUGGCAGCAAGUACAACCCGGACCUGAGCGUGCCGCAGAACAUCGACCUGCCCCCGACGCUCCUCAGCCGCUUCGACCUCGUCUACCUGGUCCUGGACCGCGUCGACGAAAUGAACGACCGACGCCUCGCGCGCCACCUCGUGGGCAUGUACCUCGAGGACACGCCCGCCAACGCCUCGCGCAGCGAGGUCCUCCCCAUCGAGUUCCUCACGUCGUACAUAUCGUACACGCGCGCCAACGUGCACCCCAAGAUUGGCGACGAGGCGCAAAAGGCGCUCGUCGACGCGUACGUGGCCAUGCGCGCCCUCGGCGCCAGCGUGCGCGACCAGGAGCGCCGCAUCACGGCCACGACGCGGCAGCUCGAAUCCAUGAUCCGCCUGUCCGAGGCGCACGCUAAGAUGCGGCUCAGCGGGACGGUGACGCGCGAGGACGUCGACGAGGCGGUGCGGCUGAUCAAGGCGGCGUUGAAGCAGGCGGCGACGGAUCCGCGGACGGGCAGGAUUGAUAUGGGGCUUUUGACGGAGGGGAUGAGUGGCGGGGAGAGGAGGAGGAGGGAGGAUUUGAAGAGGGGGGUGCUGGAGAUUUUGGAUGAGUUGGCGGCGCAGGGGAGUGGGGGGGUUAGGAUGGGGGAGAUUGUGAGGAGGCUGAGGGAGGGUGCUGGUGGGGUCGAGGUGGAGCAGGGGGAUGUGGUUGAGGCGGUUAGGUUGGCUGAGGUCGAGGGGUCGGUGGUGGUUAGUGGUGAGGGGGGGAGGAGGGUCGUUAGGAGGGUGGUGGGU